AUGAAACCGGCCUUCGAACUGGACAUGAACGGGGAAGGCAUCCCUUUGCUUCCGGACACCGUGCAAACAAAGCUCGAGGAGAAGAAGGCAAUAGUGAGGGCGUUUCUUACAACACACUCUCGACUCUGUUCUGGCAUUGACAAGGCUGUCGUCCCUUGGAGCGCCAUCGUAGAAUGUGAGGAUGACUUCAUAUCACCGAUGUAUCUUCUGAGCGGGGUGCAUUUGAAGGACCCUUCGAAGUUGCAAAACUCUGAUGCAACAGCCUUGCUGAACUUCUGGUAUGCUCGCCAGGAGAAUGGUGAUGAUCCGAUCUUCCUGUUCAAAGCAUGGAAGAACAAAGUCGGCAACAUGAUGAAACCAGUCUCGACCGGGGGAUCAGACAAGUCAUCGUCCGACAAGUCUCACGCUUGCAUCCCUCACUGGGGCAUCAUGAUCAGGAGGCCAUGGGAUUCAUCAACGGAAUCCGAGAUCAAUGGUCGGCUGCACCAUGCCCUCGCUGCCAAUGCCCACCGGCUCUCCGAAAACAACCAAGUGUCAUUGGAGGAUGAUAGUCUGGGGGAUGAUGACUCUGGCAUGGAUGAGGAUGGUGCUAGAACCGUCCAUAAGGGGGUUCAGGUAGCACCAGGACCGCUGUCAGCCCGGAUCAUCGGGCAAGGAGUGCGACACCCGCUCCCAAAGCCUCACCCGGUGAGGCCAGCAAGGCCAGUGCAACAGGCUGCUUGUCCACUGCUGGGGUCACAGAUGGGUGAUCUCCUCGCAGGGUUGACUCAUGCAAACCGAGGAGUUGACCGUCAAAUGAAGCUGCGACUGAGGAGGAGACACAUGCGUCCCCGGUGUCAAAGGAAAUCCAAUGACAGAAAAAGGUGA